AGUUUGUGUACAUUUCUGUAGUAUUAUCGCAUAAAGAUUAAAAUGUCUCCAACAGCCAAGAGAGCCUGUCCCAGUCCUCUGAAUGACAGCCUGGAGAAAAGACUCAAGCGCAUCUCCAUUGAAGGCAACAUCGCGGCGGGUAAAUCCACUUUUGUUCGCCUGCUGGAGGAGCAUGAUAGAGAAUGGGAGGUUGUACCAGAACCCAUCGCUAGAUGGUGCAAUGUACAAACUCAACACGACGACCAUGAGGAGCUGACCACGUCUCAGAAGAGCGGAGGAAACGUGCUGCAAAUGAUGUACGAGAAGCCGGAGCGCUGGGCCUACACCUUCCAGAGCUACGCCUGCAUGAGCCGCAUCCGCUCGCAGAUCAAAUCCACCAACGGCAAGCUGAGAGAGGCCGAAGAUCCGGUGCAGUUCUUCGAGAGAUCCGUCUACAGCGACAGGUACAUCUUCGCCUCUAACCUGUACGAGAGCGAGUGUGUGAACGAGACUGAGUGGGCCAUCUAUCAGGACUGGCACAGCUGGCUGCAUAAGCAGUUCGGGAAGCACAUUGAGCUGGAUGGCAUCAUUUACCUGAGGGCGAAGCCAGAGAGGUGUUUGGAGCGACUGCAUCUAAGAGGAAGAGAGGAGGAGCAGGGCAUUCCUUUGGAGUAUCUGGAGAAACUGCAUUAUAAACAUGAGUGCUGGUUACAGCACAGAACCAUGAGUAUGGACUUUGAUUAUCUGAAUGAUGUGCCCGUUCUCACCCUGGAUGUCAAUGAUGAUUUUAAAGACAACAACAUGAUGUGCGCUGAUAUGAUUGAGAAGGUAAAGGAGUUUCUGAGCACCCUGUGAUUAUGAGAAAUGUACUUUUGUGUGUGUGUGUGUAUGUGUGUGUUUACGUUUUCUGUGUCAAAUAGGAACAAAAAUCAGGCUUGUGUCCAUUAAGCACUUAUCAAUGUUUUAUGUUAUUUAAAUGUUUUUACCUUUUUGUACUUUCAUGCCUUGUGAAUUAAAUAUUAAAUAACAUAGUAACAACUUUUUUUUUUCUUUAAAGAUCA